CCGCGGUCCUAGGGCCGCGGCUCCAUCUCCUUGGCAACCAAAGGGACGCUUUCCCCUUAGCAACCAGCGAGGCUCCCACCAUGGCUGAAGAAGAGGAAGUUGCUACCCGGACGAAGAAAGUUAUCCGGAUCCAGAGGGUGUUUAUAAACCUGCUGGACUCAUACAGCAGCAGAAACAUCGGGAAGUUUCUUUCUAACUCUGUCGUCGGGGCUUCACUUGAAGAAAUUACCGAAGAGGAGGAAGAGCACGAUGAAGAUAAAUCAGCGGUGCCAGAAGCCUCCUCAGCCAACCUGAAGGAAGGCACGUUCCAGAUCGUGGGCACGCUUUCCUCGCUCGAAACCCCCUGCCCCAACUUUGCCGUGGAGACCUACUAUGCUAUCUCUCGAGAAGACCUUCUCAUGCACCUGCUGGAGUGUGAUGUCAUCAUUUAUAACAUCACUGAGAACCCCCAGCAAGUAGAGGAAGCCAUCUGGGCAGUGUCUGCCCUGAAUGAAGAAAUCAGCCAUUUCGAAAAGCGGAAGGUGUUUAUUUUAGUGUCCACGGUGAUGACCUGGGCGCGGUCCAAACCCCUGGACCCAGAUGAUUCUGAGAUUCCAUUUACUGAAGAGGAUUAUCGAAGAAGAAAGCACCAUCCUAAUUUUCUGGACCACAUAAAUGCUGAAAAAAUGGUUCUCAAGUUUGGGAAAAAGGUCAGAAAAUUUGCCACUUACGUAGUUGCUGCCGGACUUCAGUAUGGAAUGGAAGGAGGCAUCUUACAUGCUUUUUUUAAGCUAGCUUGGUUGGGUGAGGUCCCUGCAUUACCAGUUUUUGGAGAUGGAACAAAUGUAAUUCCAGCAAUUCAUGUUCUUGAUCUAGCAGGAGUGAUACAGAACGUCAUAGACCAUAUGCCAAAGUUCCAUUACCUGGUGGCUGUGGACGAGUCAGUUCAUACUCUGGAAGACUUUGUCAAGUGCAUCAGUAAAAGUACUGGCCCUGGGAAAAUCCAGAAAGUACCCAAAGAAAAUGCUUUCCUAACCAAGGACUUAACACAAGAGGAUAUUGACCAUUUACUGGUCAAUUUGAGAAUGGAAACACUCUUUGUGAAGGAAAAUUUUAACAUUCGAUGGUUCGCCCAAGCAGGAUUUGUGGAAAAUAUCAACAGUAUCCUCAAAGAGUACAAGCAAAGCAGAAGAUUAUUGCCCAUCAAAAUUUGCAUUCUUGGCCCUCCUGCUGUGGGAAAAUCCAGCAUCGCUGAAGUGUUGUCCAAAUACUACAAACUGCAUCACAUUAAAUUGAAGGAUGCCAUUUCCGAAGCCAUAGCAAAACUGGAGGCGAUCAUUACACCGAAGGAUGUAGGGGAAGGAGGGGAAGAAGAAGGUGAAGAGGAGGGAGAAGAGGAGACCGUGGAGGAUGCUCAGGAGCUCUUGGACGGCAUCAAGGAAAGCCUGGAGCAGAAUGCAGGUCGACUAGAAGAUGAAUAUAUAAUUAGAUUUAUAAAAGAAAAGCUAAAAUCCAUGCCUUGCAAGAAUCAAGGUUACAUUUUGGAUGGAUUCCCAAAGACCUAUGAUCAAGCCAAAGACCUGUUCAACAAAUUCGUUUGUUCACUGGAUGCCUCCGAUGAGUUCCUCAAGGAGCGGGUGAUGAAUCUCCCUGAGAGCAUCGUGGCGGGGACCCACUACAGCCAGGACCAGUUCCUCCGGGCUCUGAGCAACUACCGGGACAUCAACACUGAAGAUGAGACUGUCCUCAACUACUUUGAUGAACUUGAAAUCCAUCCGAUACAUAUUGAUGUAGGAAGACUCGAAGACGCUCAGAACAGACUUGCUAUCAAACAGCUCAUCAAAGAGAUUGGGGAGCCUCGCAAUUAUGGUUUAACGGAUGAAGAAAAGGCAGAAGAGGAGCGGAGGGCUGCCGAGGAACGGCUGGCCAAGGAGGCCAUGGAGGAGGCAGAGCGACAGCACAAGGAGGCUGCGGAGACCGCAGAGAGGAUCGCUCGCUGGGAGGAGUGGAGUAAACAACUAGAGGAAGUUAAAAGAGAAGAAAAAGAAUUACUGGAGGCCCAGUCUAUUCCCUUGAGAAACUAUUUAAUGACCCACGUUAUGCCAACGCUUAUGCAAGGUCUGAAUGAGUGUUGUAAGAUCAGACCCGAUGAUCCUGUUGAUUUUCUGGCAGAGUAUCUUUUCAAGAACAAUCCUGAAACGCAGUGA